AUGACUCGACCUGACUUUGUGGCCCCCCCUGAACCAAAAGAUCCAUAUCCAGUGGUAGAAACCGGCUGUAUCAUCGCCGGUUUCGGAAGAGGGUCCUCGGAAUUAGGAAUCCCAACAGCAAAUGUGCCUGUAACCCAAAGUCUUGAUAAAUUACCCCAAGGAGUUUAUUAUGGCUUCUCUCGAUUAAUCACAAGUAGCAGCAAUGGAGAUAAUGAUGGUGAUGAUGAGAAGAGUAAGUUCAAUUACGGAGUUAACUUGACUGAUGACGAAAAGAAAGUGCUCCCUAUGGUGAUGUCAAUUGGGUGGAAUCCAUUCUAUAAGAAUGAACAGAAGGCAGCAGAGAUUCAUAUUAUUAAUAAGUUUACUGACUCCUUUUAUGGAGCUCAAAUAAAAUUUGUUGUAUUGGGUUACAUCAGACCGGAAUUGGAUUAUACUACUGUGGAGGCAUUGAUAGCAGAUAUCAAUAUAGAUAUCGAACAAGCGUUACAGACAUUACAUUUGCCUGAGUAUAACAAAUAUCAAAGAUUAGUUGAAUAA